AUGGCGACGGGCAACCUGACAUUAGCCCCCAAGAAUAUUACUGAGUGUCUUGAUUUCCCUGCUAACGUACAUUCGGAGGGCAUUUUAAACUACAAUACAGCUGCUGGGAUGCCACAUACCCUUCCCAAUCUGGAGAUGCAGAUGACAGGCCUAAUCCUCGGUCCUACAUUCCUUGGGAAAUUACCAAUGUUGAAGCAAUACCUUUUUAAUCUACAAAGCCAAGAAAUAAUUGGUGUGCUGAGCGAGUUUGGCUAUGGGCUCUUUAUGUUUCUCAUUGGAGUGAAAAUGGAUUUGGGAAUGAUAAUGAGGACAGGGCAAAAGGCCUUGUGCACGGGUGUUGCCUGUGUCGUGGUGCCUUUAGUAGUCGGUAUUCUUGUCCAAACACAGCUCACCUCUUCUUACUUUAACCUAACUGAACAAGAAAUAUUCAAGCUUUCAUUUGUGACUGCAUCACAUUGUUUGACUCCGUUUCCGGUUGUUGCUUGCCUUCUUGAGGACCUCAAGAUCUUGAAUUCGGAGAUAGGGAGAUUAGGCAUGUCUGCAGCAUUGGUCAGUGACAUUUGUAGUGUGUUCCUGCAAUUUGUGGGCACAACAGCUAGAAUGGUAAAACAGGAAUGGUCAAGAUUUACUAUAUUGGGCAUAGGAUCAAGCAUUGGCUAUAUCAUUGUUGUCGCGUCCAUACUCAGACCGGCAAUGUACUGGGUGAUCAGGCACACCCCUAAAAACAGGCCUGUCAAAAAAGCCUAUCUCAAUAUCAUCAUCGUCGUUGUGCUUUCAUCUGGGGUGCUUUCGCAUAUGUAUGGCCAAAGUUUUCAUUUUGGUCCGUUUAUACUUGGUUUGGCUGUCCCAGCGGGACCACCAUUGGGAUCAGCCAUUGAAGCCAACCUCGGUUUGUUCGUCUCUGAUGUGCUUCUUCCAAUAUUUGUGACUACAUGUUCCAUGAGGGUAGACUUUUCGUGGCUUAGUUAUUUUAAAACUGACGCAUUCACGCAAAUCAAUGGAAUCCUUAUCGUCCUCGUUCUUGUGACCAAAUUCUUAGCCUCCAUUGUUCCUCCGUUGUAUUGCAACCUGCCCUUCAGUGAUGCAUUGACAGUUGCUCUCAUUUUGAGUUGCAAAGGCAUUGUCAACCUUGCCGCCUAUACCGAUUUCAGGGACAAUCAGAUCAUCAAUGACCCAAGCUAUGUUUUGGCAAUUACUAGCAUUUUAGUGACUGCAACUCUUGUACCGAUCGCAGUGAAUUUCCUCUAUGAUCCUUCAAGGAAAUACGCAGGCUACCAGAAAAGAAAUAUGAUGCAUUUGAAACCCAAUGCUGAGCUCAAAAUACUUGCCUGCAUUCAUAGGUCCGCUAAUAUGCCUGCAGUCAUCAAUCUACUUGAUGCAGCAUGUCCAUCUAAAGAGAACCCCAUUGGUGUUUAUGUUCUUCACCUUAUUGAAUUAGUUGGCAGGGCCUCCCCUAUUUUCAUCUCCCACGAAUUGCACAAAAACUCUGUCUCCAAUGUUUCAUACUCAGACGAUAUCCUUCUUUACUUCAAUCAGUUUGUAAGGGAAAAUCUAGGGGCUGUUUCUCUAAGCCUCUUCACAGCAAUCUCUGCACCAAAAUACAUGUAUGAAGACAUAUGCCACCUUGCAUUGGACAAGCUUGUGUCCCUAAUCGUGCUCCCAUUUCACCGGAGAUGGUCCAUUGACGGGUCUGUGGAGUCAGAAGACAUCAACAUCAGGACCCUAAAUUGCAGUGUCCUAGAUAGAGCCCCAUGCUCUGUUGGAAUCCUUGUAGACCGCAGCCAUUUAGGCCGAUCCACCUCCACUGUAUCACCUCAGUCAUCCUUCUCGGUGGCAAUAAUCUUCUUGGGUGGUAAAGAUGACAGGGAGGCAAUAGCAUUUUCCAAAAGAAUGGCCAAGGACUCGACGAUUAGCCUAACUGUGAUCCGGCUUGUUCCCAGGACUAAUGAAGCUGUUGGCUCGGAUUGGGAUCUUGAUACAGAGGGGUUGAAGUAUUUUAGAGAUGAUGAUGUAGAUGAGCGGUUUGUGAUGUACUUGGAGGAGGCUGUGAAAGAUGGGCCUCAGACAGCUUUAUUACUUCGGUCUAUUGUGGAUCAGUAUGACCUAAUUAUAGUAGGGAGAAGGUAUAAUGUACAGUCCCCUCAGACGGCAGGGCUUUCAGAAUGGACUGAAUUUCGAGAGCUGGGGACUGUAGGGGACUUGCUUGCAUCUCCAGAUAUCAAUUGUAGAGCUUCUAUUCUUGUGGUACAGCAGCAAAGGAUGGUGACAAAAUAA